CAAUGUGCGACGUUUUAUGGAGUGAUCCUGAAGUAAUUAUUGGAUGGAGAGUAUCUCCGAGAGGAGCAAGAUAUAUAUUUGGUGGGAAUAUUACAAAAGAGUUCAAUAAAACAAAUGAGUGCUCCAAAUUAUUUGAUAUUGGAAAUCAAGAUUCAAUAUUAAUAUUAGAGUUAGCUGAUAAUUUAGGAAAAAAGUUCAAAAUUUUUUUCGCAGCUAAUGUGGAGUAACGAGGAUCAAUAGGUGACAUCCUGAUUAUUUUUUAUGAUACAGGCAGCUUCAAAAUUGAAAAAGACUAUCUAAUUAGAUCAAGUUCUUUAUUUUUUUUCAAUAGAAUUUAAUAGAAUCUAUGA